CAAUGGCAAACCAGUCGGAUACAGAAUAUCCUAUGGAAAUCAGGGAGCAACUGUUCGCAUAAAAAACGUUUCAUCUAUAACCCAUGAAACGACGGUUUCAGGGCUAAUGUUUGAUACCAGCUAUACAUUCUCAGUAGCUGCUGUUUCUUCAGGUGGAAUAGGGCCAAGUAUCAACAAAACAGGCAGAACAACUCAACAAGUUCCUCCUCCGCCAAAUGUCAUUUCUACAAUGGCACUAGCCACCGAGGUGACAAUUCACCUAACACCUGUAAAAGGAAAUUAUCACUUGUCCAACUUCUGCUGUUACUUCACCAGGCAAUCGGUGUCUGACAUACAUAUGUCAAGCUUGUCAAGUGUCCUGAUCUGCAACAAGACCAGUCCUGUUGUCCUUUCACCGGUUGAAGAAGAUGCAACAUAUACAUAUCACUGUGUUGCUAGAAACACGUAUAAUGCAUCGGAUGGAAAUGCUACAGAACAAAAUAUGUUCAGUACGACACGAACAGCUCCAAGUGUGGCACCUGGCAACUUUAUCUUGGACUCCAGAACAGCAACAACAGUAACACUCAGCUGGACUGCUGUAGACCCAUACAAGCUGAAUGGAAAGCUGGUUGCAUACCAUGUUGACUGUGCACAUCAGAAUGGCAGCCAUGUGACAUCGGCCAGUACCAGCCACACCCAUGCAACACUCUCAGGACUAACUUUUGAUACAACAUACAACUUAUCACUGGUCGCUGAAUCAACCGGUGGUACCGGCAGCUACGAGAGUCGCCUGCAAAGUUCUACCACCCAGGAUGCACCGCCAGCACCCAUGUUCAUGGUUUCAACAUCAACAACAUGGAUAUCUGUGACUUUCACCAAACUGACUGGACAAUUCUAUGUUGCAAAUUACUGCUGUGACUUCACGCAACUUUCCGUGUCCGGAACUGAUUCAAAGAAAGGAACCAUACGUCUUUGCAGCGACACCAUAUACCUCAAUCUGACUGGAACUGAAGAAGAUGCCACGUAUAGCCUGACAGCGUUUGCCAACAAUACAGAAGGGCAUAUUGGCGAGAAUGCUACAAUGAACAAUGUGAUAACUAAACCAGCAGCUCCAGAUGAUCCCCCGGGAGUACUGCCCAUCGGAUUAAAAAAACCUACAUCUAUCUCUAUUUCCUGGACACCAGUUGAUUAUCUGCUUCUGAACGGGGAAUUACUGGGUUACAGUGUGAAAUAUACAGAUGAAGGAAUGGUUGUAACCAUGUUCAAUGUGACCCUGUCAGAGAUGGCUAACAUAUCCGGCUUGGACCCAGGUUAUACAUACAGCUUCGAGGUAGCAGCAAUCUCAACUGGUGGUAUUGGCCCAUAUACUUCUCCGGUGAGCGCCACCACCUCACAAGACGAUGCGCCAAAGCCAAGCGUUUUUGUUGAGAUAUUUCCGACAAAGGUCAUCGUGAACAUCUCUGCAAGCACAGGAAAUUACCGUUUCUCCAAGUUCUGCUGUUACUUCACGAGGUAUUCCGUAUCUAACAUACCAAAGUCCAACAGGCAUAAGGUGACGGUUUGUAACCGUACUAGUCCCAUUGUCUUCUCACCUGUUGAGGAGGAUGCCAGUUACGGUAACCCGCGGCCAUACUGUGUAAUAAAGGACACACGUCCGGUUGACGGAUAUCCCACAUUUAUUCAAAACUUCACCACACCAGCAACAGCUCCACAUGUAGCCCCGUCAGAUAUACAAUUCAGGUCAAGCACAGCUACAACUGUCCGUAUUAGCUGGUUGGCUGUGGACCCAUACGCGUUAAAUGGAGUACUGGUGGGCUACAAUGUUACAUGCUGGCAAGGCACGAACCUGAUAACGUAUGUGCACACUACAACAGAGAACGCGAACGUGACUGGCUUGAAAUUCAACUCCAUGUAUAAAGUUUCAGUUGCAGCCAUCUCAUCAGGAGGGCUAGGUGUUUACUCAAAGUACACCAAUGUCACAACAUCACAGAAUGUUCCACCAACUCCAAAGAUCACAUCUAACUCAUCAACUCCAGCAACAAUUACUGUGGUGUUUGGCACACUGACUGGUCAUUUCACAAUUCAUCGGUAUUGCUGUCUGUACCACCGUGAAAGAGUCUCCGGGACUCCAUCGCCAACAACCUCUACAACGGUUUGCAGUCAAGUCACAACCAUCAUACUGAAAAACCUGGAGGAGGAUGCAACGUACUCCAUAGAGGGGUUUGCCAACAACACUGCCAUGAAGAUUAGCCCACAUACAAUGCCAUUCAGUCUCAAAACUAAACCCGAAGCCCCAUCUGAGCCACCCGCAUCUGUAAGCAUCACCAAUGUCAACAGAACAUCACUGACAGUAGUAUGGAGUGAAGUACCCUUGCUUGGUCGCAAUGGUCCAAUCACACACUAUCUGGUCAAGUACAACAACAGCCAUGACCGACGUGUUGGAAGUGAUCAGCUCUCACUCACACUUCAUCACCUUCAGCCUAACUCAGACUACAACAUCAGUGUAUCUGCUAUAGGUCACGGAGGUCAAGAUGGCCCAGCCAGAAGUAGUGGCGUUAUAACAACACUCGAAGCUGUCCCCGAUGAGCCAACCGUCAAAUGGACUUCAACAUCAACCAGUGUGAGGGCAGUGGUGACAUCCGAAUCACCGUACUGGAAUGUUCUUCAGUACUGCAUCACAAUUCAAGCAACCAAGACUGUGGGCAGCAAACCAAUACCUGAUGACCUGCGCCAACGAGUGAAACACAAUUGCACCGAUAAUGCUGUAUCUGAUUUCGACAAUCUUGAGGAAUAUGUAGUCUACAACACCUGGACCUGGGUUCAAAAUGGAAGGGGAGAGAACAGUAGCACUCGAAUGGACGGUUAUGCCACUAAAGAGGGAGUUCCAAGUCGUGCUCCGUCGAACCUGGCUGUUAUCGGCGAGACUAGCACAUCUGCUCAGCUGCAAUGGUCUCCAAUUCCCCUACUGGACCAGAAUGGAUUUAUCACAUCAUACCAUGUCAACGUCACGUCAAUCUAUCCCGUCAGUGAAGUCUCAAGCCAAACAUUCCUUGCAUCUGCCCUUAAUGGAACUAUUGUCAGGCUGAAACCAUACACGAUGUAUGAAGUGGCCAUUGCCGCUGCUACUCGUAUUGGCAGGGGAGAUAUCUCUAAUUUCACAUCAUUCCAGACUCAGCAAGCAGCGCCAAGCAUUGGACCAACCGUGACCAACACAUCCUACUUGAGCAGCACAUCUCUGCAGCUGGCCUGGCGACAGCUCACGCAGCAAGAUCUAAACGGUGUGUUGGUACGCUAUGACAUCAGGAUUGUCGGCCCUGGAAACUACUCACAGGUGUUCAAUGUGACAAGCUAUGAGACCAGUCUGACUAUCACCCAGCUUGAGAUCUACACUGUGUACAACCUGUCUGUGAGGGCUGUGACAGAGGCUGCACCUGGUCCAUUUGGCAGCCAAGUACAACAACGCACAGAUGAAUCUAUUCCUGGACAACCCACUGCCAACUUUUCUUCGACUUCAGCAACAAUCACUGGGCAAGUCUGGGUGGAACAAGGAAACUUCAGGGUAUCGCGAUUCUGCAUUCAAGCCACGCUGACUCUUUUUGGUACAUCCAGCCAAGGUGAAACCAGAACAACGUGCAGCAAAAUGCCAAGAAUAACAUUGCUUGGUCUGCAAGAUGACACUGUAUUCAGCCUGGUAGUUUUUGUCAACAACACCAAUGGACGAAGAAGUCCACUGUCUCGUUCCUAUACAGUCAGGACAUUGGAAACUGAUCAGCAACAACAACAAGGAACCAGCGCUACCACAACCAUAACAAUUGGAAUCCUAUCAUCGUUUCUUGUUCUCACUGUCCUAGCUCUCAUCGUCAUUAUUGCAUGGAAGCGCCGUAACAAGGCCAGUUAUAUACCCAGGGAAUCAGACUCACCGAGAAUUCCACUCGCUUCCAUGGACAAACCGAACACCACAGAAAUCAUGAAGGGAAGUGAACCAACUCCUCAAGUUGAAAAGGCUCUACUCACCAGCAAUGACGCGUAUGGGACAGUGAUACUGCCAUGUUCCCCGAAUCCCGUGAAAAUGGAUGAUGGGGCAUAUGAAACAGCUGGGCUGGUGGAAGAAAGUGACCCGGUUUAUGCUGAUAUUUCAGAAAUGCCGUCAAACCAACCCAAAGCCGUCGUGAUCAACGAGUCGGUGGAAGAUGAUAUAGUGUAUGAGACCACUCUCGGCGAUUGUAUCGUUUCUGAAGACGGCUAGCCUGAAUUGAUAAUAAUUAUCCAGCCAAGAGUUGCGCACAUGCAUUGUAGCAUAUUGCGGCCCGGAUACAAUGCACCACUGAUAACGUGCAGCAACAUACUAUGACUACACUGUAGCCACACACCAUAACCCCAACACUCUCUAUUCCUAUUGUGCUUUGAAUAAUUUAAAUUUUAAAAGUUUUUUGGCAUAGCCGAGAGGCCAGUAGUCUAUAGAGUGCUAUGAGAACUUGCAGCAAGUUGCUCUACUGCAACCAACCUUUUUUUUUGUGGUCACCAGCAACAGUUCAGGUAAAUGUUCUUUUUUUUAGGUUUGAUCUUCACAAACGCUGGCACGUUGUAUUGCAUGCGUCAAACCUCUGCUCCUGUGGCUUUAGCCCUUUUGCAAAUCGCCUCCAUGGGAAUACUUCCCUUUUAAAACUUUUGCUUUUGAAUAUUUUAGCACUUUCAAUGCAUUCAGCUGCACUGAGUGCUGGGUUCUAGGCCAAGUGGAUAAAAUUCUUCGACAAAAUGAGUUGGAUGAAUGUGCCUAAAGUGAUACGCAAGGCUUUCUUUUCUAACGUUAUCUUUACCAAUAGAACAGGCAUUGCUCCUUUUCACAUGCUUCAAGUAAUGAAUUCCUGCACAUGUGUUGACAGGGCGUAUUACUUUUUAAAAGUCACUGUAAGACCAUGGUAAAAAAAUAGAGUUGAUUCUGAGGUCAUGAGCCUGUGAAAAUCGGUGCGAGCGAGCGAUUUAUUUUAUUUUAUUUCCCUCAUUUUUUUAUUUCCAAAGAUAGGGUCACACAUAUGUACGUCACAGGUUCAUAUAAUUAUUUUAUUAUUCAGGCCAGGG